AUGGUGCUGCGCUGGCAGCAGCCGCCCGUGCUGAGCCACGAGUUUGUGCUGCAGAACCACGUGGACCUGGCUGUGUGUGUGGUCAUGUUCUUCGUGCUGGGGCUGCUGUCCGAGUGCACGGUGUCCCUGGUGUUCCAGACGCGGCAGCACCGUGUCCCCGCCCCUGCUGAGGGCCCGCCCAACCUGGCCUUCUUCUACUCGCUGGUGGCCGUCCUCCUGCAGGAUUGCGUGCUGGACCGCGUGCGCUGCCUGCAGCUGCCCUGCACACGCCAGUGACGCUUCCAUGAGGCCGGCCAGCUGGGCGCCUUCUACCUGCUGUCAUUUACGUGGGGCUUCGCGGUGCUGCUGGCCAGGGCUGCCUGGCCGAGCCCCCGCCUGUGGAGCAUGCCGCCGGCCACCACGACCUUCCGUACCAAGCUCUUCUGCGUGGCGCAGCUGGCCUACUGGUGCCAUGCGGUGCCAGAGCUCUACUUCCAGGGGACGUGCCCGCAGGACCUGCCGUGCCGGCUGGUCUACAUGGGCCUGCACCUGCUCCACCUGCUCCUCCCGCUCCACCUGCUCCACCUGGGGCUGCUGCUGCCCACGCACCAUGUCGUGGAGCUGCCAUUCAUCCUGGGCUGUCUGGGGACCCUCGUGGUGUCGUCCACCGUGGGCCUCCGCCUGGCUGAGGGGCAGUCCCAGAACCCGGACGUGGCAACGUUGCUGGCGGCCAAGGUCGCCGUGCUCCUAUCUUGCUGCACCAUCCAGGCCUGCCUCACCUGGGGCCUCUUCAACACCCAGCUGCAGAGGUUGGUGGAGGGCGACGCCCCCCUGCCGGCCCCCACAGGCAGGAAAUCGCCCUUCAUUAGGGUUCAGCUGCAGACAGGCGUGAUGGACUUUCCCGGCAGCGUUAAGCAAGACCGCCUCAGCCCGGUCACAGGGGGACCUCAGGAGGGCGUCGAAAGCUGGUCGUCCAGCAGUCCCGUGAAUGACAAGGGCAAGAAGACAAGGCACUAA